UGUGAGCGCCAAAAUUCGAUCUAGGGUUCUUGGGCUCGCGCGACGAGCGCCAUGAAGCAGGUGAUCAAGCUAGGCGCCAUCGCUGUUCUCGUCACCGCGCUGUGGCUCAGUCUACUCCUUCGAUCUGAUCUACCGGAUCGCGUAGCAAAAUUCGUUCCUUACCUUCCAAUUCUCGCGAUUUUUGCUUUGGGUUGCUAUGGCGUCGUAAUGGUUGCUUAUGGACUCCUGGUUUUUCCAUCGUGUCCCAAGGAGGCGAUUCUACUACAACAGGAUAUCAUCGAGGCAAAAGAUUUUCUUGAGAAGAAGGGGAUCGUUUUUUAGUAGUGGAGCGACAUGUGUUCUAACAGUCCGGAAACUUUGGUAUAACCUUUUCAAUGCUUUAAAGGAAACGAAUUUUUUUUUCUUCCUA